AUGGCCGCCGCCCGCACCCAACAUGGCCGCCGGUGCCUCAGGGCCCGCCCCGUGCGCAUGCGCGGGACGAUGCAGCGCGCGCUGAGGGCGCUGCUCCGGGAGCCGCCGCCAUGGCGGCCCCGCCGCCCCCCGCCCGGCCUGAGGGGCCCGGCCCGCAGCGCCCCGGGACAGCUCUGCGGUCCUGCCCGCCCGCUCUGCACCGCUCCGGGACAGCUCUGGGGCCAGGCCCGCCCGCUCUGCACCGCCCCGGGGCCGCCGCCGGCCACGCACUAUCGCCUGGUGUACACCUGCAAGGUGUGCCAGACUCGCUCGGCCAAAUCCAUCUCUAAGGCUGCCUACCACCGAGGGGUGGUGAUCGUGACAUGUCCUGGCUGCGGGAACCACCAUGUCAUCGCCGAUAACCUGGGCUGGUUCUCCGACCUGGAGGGAAAAAGGAAUAUCGAGGAGAUCCUGGCUGCCAAAGGGGAGAAGGUGAGACGUGUGGCUGGUGAGGAAGCCCUGGAACUGCUGCUGGAAAGCUCGGCAGAGCCCGGCCCCCAAGGUCAGCUGGCAGAGGGGGAUGGCGGGGAAGCCCCCCCAGAUCCUGGCAACAAGGGACACACCUGACCCGAGGGACUGUGGCCUGUGGGACAGAUGUGACACGUGACAUUGUGGCCUGUUGGACAGACCUGCCGUGUGGGAUUUGGGUCAUUCUGCUUGUGGCAAGAGACUGUUCACCUUCAUUCUCUGAUUUCAACUGUUUGUUUUUAAAAUAAACUUGGGCUUGGGUUUUCCC